UGCUAACCGCGCCCGCGUCGGCCUUCAAUUUAUGUACUGCGUAGUAGCUCCAGGGCUGCUUAGCUCCUUGCCUAGCACAAUUGGUCCCUGUAUCAAUACUUCAACGUUCAAUAUUGUGCCCCAUCCUUUAUCCAAUUAACAUCGUCGAGUUUGUUACAUUCUGCGUACAUAGUAACUUACCCUGUUUCCUUCUCUUUUUCUAUCAUCGUGAUGUCUCCUUAUUAUCGCAAUCCAAACUUUUGAUUCAUUUCAUGUCUUGAACUUAAUGGAAUAAUAUCUUACUUCAGGCACCUUUGCCUACGCUUUUCUUCCCAAUUCCUCCUCCACAAUGGGUCUCCUGUCCCUCUUUGGGAAGAUUUACGAUCUCGAUACCCUCGACACUCGCUUCACAACCCCAUCCUCAACCUCUUACAAGACCGUUGUAGAAGCACGCGACGACACUGCCGCGAGUAAAGACCGGGCUACCAAAUGGAAUAGUCGAGCGGCCCGCAAGCCACUAUGGCACACACCCGAGUUCUACUUCUAUUACGUCUUUCUGUUCUUUCUCAUCCCAUUCAUGUUCUACACAGCCUAUGAUGCCUCGAGAUCGACGGACUACAAGUAUAAGAGAUACGAGCGCUUCCUCUCGCCGGGAUGGGUUCCCGGACGCAAGAUUGAUGCCUCGGAUUCACAAUACCGUACUUUCCGAGGUAACAUACCAUACUUGGUGGCGCUUCUUAUAUUCCACCCCCUCCUCCGUCGGGUGUACAACUCAAUUGUGUAUCCAAUUCGCUCAACGGCACAGUCGGCAAGACCAACCCCAGAAGAAGCCGAUCAAAGACUAAACCAACGAGCUUCGUUCGACUUCGGCUUCGCGCUUAUAUAUCUCGUGGUGCUGCAUGGUGUUUCAGCUUUUAAAAUCCUCGCAAUUCUCUGGCUGAACUACCAAGUUGCUACAUCUUUACCCCGAAAGUAUGUACCGGCUGCGUCGUGGAUCUUCAACGUCGGUACUUUGUUUGCGAACGAGUUAUCCAAGGGCUACCGAUUUGCGGAGAUGGCUGUAUGGAUUACGGGACCCCCUCCUCCAAACUCCCUCAUCGGCUCGGGUUCAACAUUGAUAUCAUGGGGCAGGUGGCUGGAUGGCUACAGUGGGCUCAUGGGUCGGUGGGAAAUCCUGUUCAACAUCACCGUUUUACGCUUGAUCAGCUUCAACCUGGAUUACUACUGGAGUUUAGAUCGUGGAAGCUAUAGCCCUAUAGAAAAACAGAUCGAUCCGGCAGAGUUAAGCGAACGAGAUCGUAUAUCAACCCCGGCGCAGGCAAAGGACUAUUCGUUUAGAAACUACGUCGCAUACGCCAUCUACGCGCCCCUGUAUCUUACGGGGCCUAUCAUCACCUUUAAUGACUUCAUUUCUCAGCUACGAUACAAGUCUGCGACCAUCGAGACUGGACGCACAAUCCGCUACGGUAUACGUUUUGUAAUAACCUUACUCGUCAUGGAAGUGAUGCUGCAUUUUAACUACGUGCAAGCCAUAGCCAAGGGGAAUCCGGUUUGGGCAGAAUAUACACCUCCGCAGCUCUCCUUACUGAGCUUCAUGAGCCUACACUUAAUCUGGCUGAAAUUGCUCCUCCCCUGGCGACUAUUUCGCCUUUGGGCUCUCGUUGAUGGUGUCGACCCCCCGGAGAACAUGGUCCGCUGCGUCAGCGACAAUUGGAGCACGCUCGCUUUCUGGCGUUCGUGGCAUCGCAGCUUUUACCGCUGGUCGUUGCGCUACAUAUACGUGCCGCUCGGCGGAUCCAGCUUCCGUACCGCGCGCGACACCAUGCGCUCCAUACUCACUUACGUUCUAGUCUUCACCUUUGUCGCACUCUGGCACGACAUUCAGAUGCGUCUGCUCAUCUGGGGCUGGCUCAUCGUGCUCUUCAUGCUGCCCGAGAUGGCCGCGGGUUUCUUGUUCCCGGAGAAGAAAUGGGAAAACCGGCCAGAGACUUACCGCAUCUUGACCGCCGUAGGUGCUGUAAUAAAUAUUUUCAUGAUGAUCGCGGCGAAUCUGGUCGGGUUUUCAGUUGGUGUGGAGGGGCUCCAGGAUAUCAUUAAGGGGAUAUUCAGGAACGUUUCUGGCUACGUGUUCAUGUUGGGUGCCUAUUUUGCAUUCUACGUGGGUGUAAGGGUCAUGUCCGAGAUGAGAGAUUGGGAGAUGAAACGCGGUAUCAAUCUGAAAUGCUGAUACCUGUCGACGGACCUAUGAAGGUUAGGGGGGCUUUGAUAUCACCAGUCCUCGCUCACUUUCCUGUGAUGGACGCGGUGAAUUAAUGAGUUCUGCCUCUCUAGGUACUUCAAAGCUACGAAUGCUUGGUAGGCAUGCAUAGAAAUGGACGGGAUAAAACUAAUGUACUUUUUUGUACUCUCUGUACCAUGAAAGGAUAUGAAUUCCGGUUAUUAGAUUAUUACCCCCAAAGACUAAUUCAAAAAUGCUAUAUCCCAUAAC